AUGCUCUUGUUUAUCCUUCAUACUGCAUUUCCCACGCCUAUCAUCCAUAGAGAUCUAACCACAAAAAGCAUUGUCAUAGACAAUAAUGGUGUUGCUAAGCUUGUCGAUUUCUCACUCUGCGUAGCAUUGCCUCCCGGAGAAUCACAGGUGGAAGUAGAAAUUGUUGGGAUGUUUGGACAUUUUGAACCUGACUACAUUACAACAGGCAUUAUCAUAGAAAAGAGUGAUGUCUACAUGUUUGGAAUUAUUCUCCUUCAACUCUUAACUGCUCUUGACACUUGGUAUCAACAUCCUGAAGGACCUGAAAAUUUAGUGGGGUAUGUACAAAACCACGUUGACAAGAAUGAGUUCGGUAAAAUUUUGGACCCAAUAAUUUUAGAGGAGAGAGGCGAAAUAGAGCAUCAAUUCCAGGCUUUGUUGAGACUUGCUUUGAGAUGUACUGUUGAAAGAGGAGCAGAUAGGCCAUACAUAAUAGAUGUGGCAAAAGAACUAGAAAGGAUUCAGAGGUCUGUUCAUCCAAUUUAG